AUGUUUGAGGCGAGAGAAGGUAUUCGACACAGCGGGCUGCCCACAUCUGAGCAGUUUGAGGGAGGAUCCGCGGACUCCGGCCGCGGUGUUAGCGAGGAUGAGCCUCAGCCUCAGUUUUCUCGAGCAGCCGGCCUCCCGCUUGAAAAUGCCUUCGUGCUCUCCUAUCCAGCUUCCAGCUUCGACAUGUCCACCUUCUCCGGGUCGCCUGCCCCACCCACCUCUUCCCUUUCCACGAAUCCUUCCUCUUUUAUGAAGAGGGCCAAUUAUGCCACAUCAGUGGCUGAAGAACUCCCUCCAAAUGAACUGUCUGUUGUCGCUGGCAGUUCACUCACAGUCCCUCGAGAGGAUUCUACCAGGCUCGAGGUGCCAAUCUUUGUGAGGCAGCGUCGUCCAGAAAUAGGGUCGACAGAGCAAUUAGAUGUAUCAGUAUGUGCUGCAGGCGACCUCAGUCCUGAAAACCGACCAGCGCCGCCCACCUCCCCAACGGGCUCUGCCAUCGUAAAGUUCUGCUUCUCACGCGCUGUUGUCAGUUACAGGGAGGAUUCUGUCUGCCUUCCUACCGCACAGAAGACGAUUCCCAUUGUCUUUAAAUGGGCUUUGUCUGUCUGA